CACUUGCCUAUCAUUGCUCUUUUGUUGAUUGUGAUUGCUUCCAUUGUCCUCAGUUGUAAGUCACUGUGGAUAGAAGCAUCUGCUAAAUGACUAAAUGUAAUGUUUUUUACGGCUCUUCUGAAUCGGAGUGACUGUCAGGUGUCUGAAAGUGAGUUCUGACUGAGGAACUUGUUUCUUGCACAGAGCGAUCGUUUCACUUCAUAAGACCUCAAUAUAUCGUCAGGCGCCAUGGGUAUUCAUUUUGUGUUCAGUGAUCUUUAAUUCUCAAAAACAGUCAGCCGCUGACUUGCACCUAAUGAAUCACCGAUGACAGUGGUUUCAGCUAAAUCUGCUUUACUCCUCUACUGAAGAGAGAAGUCUACAGCUCCGGUGGCCUGAUUAUUAUUAUCUUAAUUCUUCCAACACCUAACAUUAUAUAUUUUUUUUUAAUUCAUGUGUCACAUUACAGGAAGAGCAGGUUAUGACAUUUUUAUUAAGGAUUAUAAGAUUACAAGGUCCAAAGUAUGCAUGGAUGAAUCACUCACAGUGAGGAGAGUAGCUAGGAUUGAUUUUAAUUCCUGAUCUUCAGAAUGAGGUGUUUAGCACGGCUCUGGCUGAGAAACCUCUCUCUGAAGGGACAGGACACGUUCCUCGUGAUCAAGAGCAGUGCUUCAGUAGAAUAUACUGUUAGUAGUGUUACUCUCUGAGCUGAUGUCUUCCACUCUUUAUUUUCAGUCUAAUUGCUCCUCUAGGCUGUGUUUUUGAGACUGCUGAUGCUCUCGUCUGUCAGUGAGUCUCGAGAUGGCGCCAGAUCCCUCUUCUGACACGUGUUGGUGUGUGUAUCGAGCCAGAGAGUGAAUCUGUGUCCUGCGUGAGCUUUGAAUGCAGAGGGGAUGUCUGGCAGUAAGGCGCUGGGGGGCGCGCGGCGGCGGCGGACACGGUGCCGGCGCUGUCAGGCCUGUAUGCGGACCGAGUGCGGAGAGUGCCACUUCUGCAAGGACAUGAAGAAGUUCGGUGGACCGGGCCGGAUGAAGCAGUCCUGUCUGCUCCGGCAGUGCACUGCGCCGGUGCUGCCGCACACAGCCGUGUGUUUCGCCUGCGGUGAAGCAGGGAAGGAGGACACGGUGGAGUCAGAGGAGGAGAAGUUCAGCCUCUCGCUCAUGGAGUGCACCAUCUGUAACGAGAUCAUCCACCCCAGCUGCCUGAAGAUGGGCAGGGCUGAAGGCAUUAUUAAUGAUGAGAUCCCAAACUGCUGGGAGUGUCCAAAGUGCCACAAGGAGGGAAAGACCAGCAAGGAUCCAGGAGAUGGUUCAGGAAAGAGGCGCAUGGACAACGGGGAGGUGAGCCGCUGGAAGCUGACGGAUGAGCCGCCUCCCAGUAAGAAGAAGAGCCUGUCUCUGGAAGACACGGCCCGGCCGGACGGAGCCAGACGCAAGAAGGACAAGGAGCUUCCUCAGGAGAGCGCUUCCAAGAAGAAGAUCAAAGGAGCCCGUGAUAAACACCUGAAGAAGCAGAAAGCCAAGCCCAACUCGUCGGACUCCUCUGAAGCGAACGGGCCGAACUCUUCGUCGGGCGGCGGACACGGCUCCGGCUCAGUGCAGGCCUCGACGCCGAGCCAGGACCAGCGCUCGCAUCACCGCGAGAAACUGGAGCGCUUCAAGCGCAUGUGCCAGCUCCUGGAGCGAGUGCGUGACUCCAGCUCCUCGUCCUCCUCCAGCUCCGAAACAGACUCGGAAUCCGACUCAGACUCUCCGUCCCCUGCGGGGGCCUCGGAGCCGUCCUCCCCGGCGUACGGCAGCGGUGCGCGCGAGCGUGAGCGGAGCCGGCGUCUGGCGGAGCUGGGCUUCAGUGCCAGCGAGGAGUCUGAGGGUGAGAGCGUGGCGGCGCAGGAGCAGGAGGACCAGACGCAGCGCCGCAGGGGAGACGCCAGCACGCGGCUGCGGAGGACACUCGCCGAGGCUGAGCCGGACGAUGAUGAGGAAGGCUCGGGCGACCGUGCUCACAAAGCCCUGGCCCCAUCCUCACCGCUCUCGGCCACGCAGCCGCUGAGCUACGGACACUUAGCGGGUCCUGAGGGCCUGUCCUCGUCCAAGCGCACUAACGGACAGGACACGCGCAAUGGCCGCACGCGGGUCAGCGGCAGAGAGCUGCAGGAGAAGGAGAACUCCAACAAUCACCGGCACGCUGCUGGGAAGGCCGUCCGUGGGAGCAGGAUCCGCGGAGCAGGCCGGCAGGGCCAGAGCGCUCCCUGGAACAAGAGCACAGCGACGGCCGGAUCCGGCGCGGCCAACGGCGGCUCUCACCCGGGGAGCGUCUCGCUGGCGCCGCCGCGCUCACAGCUGCUGAAGAGGAGCGCCGUGGCUGUGCCCUCUCCGCCGCGACCGCUGCAGAUGGAGCGGCACCUGGUGCGGCCCCCGCCGGCCUGCCCCGAGCCCCACUGCCUGCCGCUGGACAGCGGAGCCUCGCACGUGCUGCCCCGGGACGUCUGGCUCCGCGUCUUCCAGCACCUCAGCCAGCGGCAGCUGUGCGUCUGCAUGCGAGUGUGCCGCACCUGGAGCCGCUGGUGCUGUGAUAAGAGGUUAUGGACUCAGAUCGAUCUGAGCCGCCAGCGCUCCAUAACUCCUCCCAUGCUGAGCAGUAUCAUCCGUCGACAGCCCGUGUCUCUCAACCUGGGCUACACCAACAUCUCCAAGAAACAGCUCAUGUGGCUCAUUAACCGUCUGCAAGGGCUGCUGGAGCUGAACGUGGCGGGCUGCUCGUGGGCCUCGGUCUCGGCGCUCUGUCAGUCUGUGUGUCCCUGUUUGCGGCUGCUGGACCUCAGCUGGGUGGAGGAUCUGAAGGACUCGCAUCUGAGGGAGCUGCUGGCCCCGCCGACCAACGACACGCGCUCAGCUCAUGGAGAGAACCGCGGCGGACGCUUCCAGAACGUGACCGAGCUGCGUCUGGCAGGCCUGGAGGUGACUGACGCCGUGUCGCGCCUGCUAGUGCGCUAUCUUCCUCGGCUGAGCAAGCUGGACCUCAGCCAGUGCUGCCACAUCACAGACCAGAGCGUCCACACGCUGACCUCUCCCCUGUCCCCGCUGCGAGAGAGCCUCACGCACGUCAGCCUGGCAGGCUGUGUGAAGGUGACGGAGCAGUGUCUGCCGCUGCUGCGCCGCUGCGCCUCGCUGCAGAGUGUGGACCUGCGCUCCUGCGGCCUGCUCGCUCCAGACGUCUGCCAGCUGCACUGCUUCCCCUCGGCCGAAGACAGACUCCUGCUCAAGAACAGCUAGACUCCUGCCCUGACACACCACAGGACAUUCGGACAUCACAGACGCUUUUUAUUCCUGGAUCAACCAUUUGUGAAUGGAGAAAUCAAGUCCACAUAGAUAUCCGUACCAGUAAUGAGUGUGUGUACAGAUUAGCAGUUCUCCUGUCCCGAAGCAGAAUGUGUCCUGCUGUGGAGAGCUCGUCUCAAACACAGCCAUGUUAGUGUGCUUGGGUGCAUCUCACCCCAAAAUCAAAACACAUUUUAUCUGUUUGGUUUUUUGCAUAAAUUAAAUAAAAGCCCACUUUGGGACCAUUAAGAGUUUUUGUUUGCAUUAUGAGAUGAUUUCAUUAGUGGUAGGCACAUUGUCCCCCCAAAUUCGAGUCCUCGCUGCUGUCAGAGGUGAUGAGGUUCAGAUACAGAGAUGAGAAUCAGGUGCUUGUAAAUCUUUAUGGUCCUGAAAUGAGGCUGGACUUUGAUUUUGGGGUUUUAGGUGUUUGUUGAGAUUCACUCAUUGAUGGAUCAGUUUUCGGAGGUGUGUGUGAACAGUGUUAACUCUGGUGUUCCCUUCUCUUCACUCGCUCUCGGUCUUGCUGUGCCAUACGCUGACCGUCCUCUGUCCUUCCCCUCUCUUCCUGAUCGAUGGAGGACACGGGUCGGGACGCCUGACAGACGCUGGGAUCGGCUGCAUCUUAUAUACUGUGGCAGGGUGAAUGUGGAGAGGUUUUCACAGAACGAGGCCUUGGUUUGUUGUCAUUCAAGCUGCUCACCUUAAAAGCCAGAACGGUCCAAACUCAAAUUUGCCUCCCAUUAGCAAUGGAGAAACGGUGAAGAUAGAUGCUUUGUGGCCAGUUAGUUUGAACAUGUAUUUGAGAAUAAAACAGUUGGUGUUUCCAGGCGCAAAAGACUAACCACACAUUCUGCAAAGGCAUUCUUCCCAGUCUGAGUCACUUCUGCUGUUUUAAUGCUUCUCUGAGCAGGAAGGCUUUAACAGAUUUAAUUGUUCUGAUUUGAAACCAGUUCCAUCUUCUCUGUUGAACUAUUGAACGGGCCUCUACCAGGGAGCCUCGAAAACAACUUUCCUUCAUCGUUCGGUGAGCUCUGCAGCUGCUUUCCUCCAGAAUGCGAUGCAUGUCAACACCUUUCACUGACUGUAUUCCUUGCACACUUUUAUUCAGUAUUGGGUCCAAUACAUGGCAGUUUAAAGUGUUUGAUGGCAGUAGACAAACAGCGUCCCUUAAAAGUGACCUCGACAAUGUAGUUGCUAUGUUUUUUUUUGUUGAUGUUGUUGUUGUUUUUAGAUUUCAUGUUCAGUGCGGUUUGCAUUUAAAAGACGUUCUUGCACAUUGGGAAAUACCUGUGUGCAGUUUAUAGUUGCAUAUCAAUCACUGAGAUUCAUUUCUGGAAUCAGCACGAAGAAUUCAAGUUGUAGGUUUUCAAUACGGUUCCUCUUUCAUCUGACCAUGUUUUUUUUGCAGAUUCAUAGCCCACCAAACGUAAUUGCCAUGUAUGAACCAAACAUACACCCUGUUGAAUGCACAGGGCUGAAAUCAUGUUAUUGUAAUAUCUUGCCAAAAUUUCCUGGUUUGGGCUUUCAUAUAUAAAUAUAUAUAUUUCUUCCUUUGCAUUGAUCCAUGUGAUAGAAUAUGUGAAACAAUGGGGAAAAACAAGGCAGCUACUGUAAGAGUGACUACUGUAAAAUGUCUAAUUAAAUAAAGACAAUGGGGGUUGUUUUUA